UUAGUGAUCAAUAAAAAACAGAACGUAAAAAGACACAAAUUUUAUAUCUUUAAAUCUAUUUAAAUAAACCAAAAAAAUAAAUCAGACGAACUCAGUGAAAUUCCUGUAAAAGCUCAGCGAAGUGACAAACUAAAUUUAAAUUUAUGAACAAAUUUUAAAAUUUUGUAAUUUUUCUUAAACAUACAAAUUUUUUUAUCUAAACAAAAUUUUAAUUAUAUGAAUUGUUGAAUUUUGGCAUUGUUAUUUACGAAUGCCGCGCGGUAUCAUUUAUUAUUUUACUAGCACUAUUUUACAAGAUAAAAUAACUUUCUGAUUUUAGCUUCGAUAUAAUCGAAGCUAAUAUAUAUAUUUAAAAUAAAAUAAAAUAAAAUAAAAUAAACCAUUUAUUGAAAAUGUCAAAAUCUUAUAAGUAGAUCAGCAGUUUAUCUAAAUUUUCUACAAAUUGAAAUGGCUGAGAAGGAAAUUCAUCAACAAGAGGAAGCUUCCCACAAAGAUGAAGAAGGAACAGUGAGGGGCAUUUUGGGGAAAUCAACUUGGCCCGAAUUAGUAGGGCAGACAGUAGAAGCAGCGGAGACGAAGAUAAAGGAAGAAUCACCGGCGACCCGUAUUGUCCAGGUGGUUCCGCCCGGAUCCUUUACCACAUCCGAGUACCGGGUUGACCGGGUCCGGAUCUUCGCCGAUCCGGCCGGAAAAGUUGCGAAGCCGCCGAGAAUUGGGUGAUAAAUAAAAAAAUAAUUAUUUGGUUGUUGGUGUCUGAAAAGUCUUGUCGUUGCAAUUAUUAUACCCAAUAAUGGAGAUUUGUUGUGAUAAUUCAGUUGCAGUUAAACUAAAUUUAUGUGACAAUAUUUUCAAAUAUUGAGGUUUGAA